AUGAAAGCAACAUUUGCAGAAGGACAGCUACUUCCAGCACCAGAACAGGAGUUAGCGACUAAAGUGCUUCACAUACAGUCUAAAAGGUUUUAUCUUGAUGUAAAACAGAACAAGAGGGGUCGGUUUAUUAAAGUAGCAGAGGUAGGGCCAUCAGGAAGGAAAAGUCGGCUAUUAUUAGCCAUGUCUUCUGCUUUAGAACUAAGAGACCACCUUACAGCUUUUAGUGAAAUAUAUGCUUCUUUAGGUCCUCCUAAUCCUGACAACUUACCAGAAGAUGGGAAAUUAAAAAGUGAAUUAAUGGUUAAAGAAAAUAGGCGAUAUUAUCUUGACCUAAAAGAGAACUCUCGAGGGAGGUUUUUACGAAUUUCUCAGACAAUUACACAAGGAGGGCCACGUUCCCAGAUUGCUAUACCUGCACAAGGAAUGAUAGAAUUUCGUGAUGCCCUCACAGACCUGUUAGAAGAAUUUGGUACAGAUGAUGGAAUAACAUUUGGGUUUAAAGGGAACCUACCAGAGGCUCAUCAUAUGAGGGUAGAGAACAAAAACUUCUAUUUUGAUAUUGGCCAAAAUAGCAGAGGUGUUUACAUGCGUGUUUCAGAGGUAAAAAACAAUUUCAGAACUGCCAUAACCAUCCCAGAAAAAUCAUGGUCACGCUUUCGAGACACAUUUGCUGAAUAUGUUGACAAAAUGAAAGAUACUGCAGACCCUUCUAAUGAAAGUGGAAAAUAGGAAUUUAUUUUUAAUGGAACAGUGACUGUCUAUAGCGUGUAGAGUGUGUGCUUAGGUCAGUUGCUCUGACUAUCUUCAAAAACUGGCAAUUUUUAGUGUGGAACUCUCUGUUACCUACAAAUGAAAUGAAGAUGAAAGUGGCUUGGUGUCAGUAGUUUCUUUACAAAGAAACUGCUGACAUCAUCAAAAUACUACAGUGUGGCAGCUCCCUUUGCAGUGCAGAAAAGUGGCUGUUUGGUCUUUCUUUUUGCAAUAGUGUGCAGAUUGUUGUCUGUUUGUCAUGUAGGCCAAGUUGAAAUUUUUGUUACCUUGUUGCAGCCCACAUGAGGAGACAUUUUCCUGCAUAGAACCCGGUGAAUGGUGUACAGUUGACUGAAAAAUAAACUUGAUGUUAAUUUUAUAAUUGUUUUGUAUGAACUUCCAAUGAACCAUAUGCAAGUCAUCAUUCACUCCAGUUUUUAAACCUCCAAAACACUGCAGUUGUAGUGGAGGUUUCUCAAUAAAAAGGUUUUCUUCAGAUAUAGAGGGCAUUCCAUUUCCAACAUGUGGCACAUGCAGUUAAUUUAAUGGUCUAAGAAAGUUAAAAGCAAUUCUUUGUACAUGAAAUAGAUUGAUUUUGGAUUAUCAAAAAUGCCUUUUAUACAUAUAAAACUGAGGAUAUGAGUUACCAGUUUUACAAAAUACUUUGAUUUUAGUAUACACACACAAAAAUUUUUUUAUGUCACUGGUACAAGUUUUAAUCCACAUUUAUCCAUUAUGUAUGAACUCUACUACUAACAGCCACUAAUACAGGUACUUUAAAACUUUGACAUCUUGUUAGUAUAAGUAAACAAGUUUUACAAAAUACUUUGAUUUUAGUAUACACACACACACACAAAUUUUUUUAUGUCACUGGUACAAGUUUUAAUCCACAUUUAUCCAUUAUGUAUGAACUCUACUACUAACAGCCACUAAUACAGGUACUUUAAAACUUUGACAUCUUGUUAGUAUACAACGAAGUUAACUGUUAUUGGAUUUUUCAAGUUAUCGUAGCAUGUAAACAACAACCAUGGCAUUAUUGGUGUAAUAAAGUUCUCUGACAAAAUA